AUGGGUCAGCAGCAAUCGCAGGGUGGUGCCCCCGGUGGCCAGAGGAAGGACGACAAGAAGCCUGAAGAAAAGAAGGAGAAGAAGCCAUUCGAGCCCUACACGCCCCCUGCCGGCAGCAAGAAGAAGUUGCGCAAGGGAGCAGGCGACCUUGCUACCAGGAUCCCAGUUGUCACUCCACACACGAAAUGUCGCCUGCGCUUGCUGAAGCUCGAGCGAAUCAAGGAUUGGCUCUUGAUGGAGGAAGAAUUUGUACAGAACCAGGAGGUGUUGAAGCCACAGGAGGAGAAGGCGCAGGAGGAGCGCACGAAGGUCGAUGAGCUGCGUGGUUCGCCCAUGGGCGUGGGCACGCUCGAAGAGAGGAUCGACGAGAACCACGCCAUCGUCGGAUCGUCGGUCGGCCCCGAGUACUACGUCACCAUCAUGUCCUUUGUUGACAAGGAUCUGCUCGAGCCCGGUUGCUCUGUGCUUCUUCACAACAAGGCGCUGUCUGUCGUGGGUAUCCUCUCGGACGAGGUGGACCCGCUCGUGAGCGUGAUGAAGGUCGACAAGGCUCCUCUCGAGAGCUACGCCGACAUCGGUGGUCUGGAGUCCCAGAUUCAGGAGAUAAAGGAGGCCGUCGAGCUGCCGCUCACCCAUCCCGAGCUCUACGAGGAGAUCGGUAUCAACCCGCCCAAGGGCGUCAUCCUCUACGGCGAGCCCGGCACCGGCAAGACGCUGCUCGCCAAGGCCGUCGCCAACUCCACGUCAGCCACCUUCCUCCGCGUGGUCGGUUCCGAGCUCAUCCAGAAGUACCUCGGUGACGGUCCCAAGCUGGUGCGCGAGCUGUUCAGGGUGGCCGAGGAGCACUCGCCCUCCAUCGUGUUCAUCGACGAGAUCGACGCCAUCGGUACCAAGAGAUACGACGCCACCUCCGGCGGUGAGCGGGAGAUUCAGCGUACCAUGCUUGAGCUCCUCAACCAGCUCGACGGCUUCGACUCACGCGGCGAUGUCAAGGUCAUCAUGGCCACCAACAGGAUUCAGACGCUCGACCCCGCGCUGAUCCGUCCCGGCCGUAUCGAUCGUAAGAUCGAGUUCCCGCUGCCCGACAUCAAGACCAAGCGGAUGAUCUUCAGGAUCCACACCAGCAAGAUGACCCUCGCCGAGGACGUCAACCUCGAAGAGUUCAUCCACGCCAAGGACGACCUCUCCGGCGCCGACAUCAAGGCCAUCUGCACGGAGGCCGGUCUUCUUGCUCUUCGCGAGCGUCGCAUGAAGGUGACCCACGACGACUUCAAGAAGGCCAAGGAGAAGGUCCUCUACCGUAAGAAUGAGGGUGUGCCCGAAGGUCUCUACUUGUAA